AUGGAGAUGCACAAAGAGGCAUUACUGAAUGCAAGAAACACCAUAUUAGUUGCUGUUUUGAUUGCAACUGCAACUUUUGCCGCUGGUAUUGCUCCUCCUGGUGGUGUAUACCAAGAAGGACCAAUGAAGGGGAAGUCAAUGGUGAGUAAAACAAUAGCUUUUAAGGUCUUUGCAAUAAGCAACAACAUAGCACUAUUCAUUUCUCUAUCUAUAGUCAUUGUUCUUGUUAGUAUCAUUCCUUUUAAGAGGAAACCACAUAUGAGACUAUUGAGUAUAGCUCACAAGAUUAUGUGGGUGGCUAUUGCAUUUAUGGCAAGUGGUUAUGUUACAGCAACAUGGAUGAUCUUGCCACAUAGUGAAGGGAUGCAGUGGCUAUCGGUGAUCCUGAUAGCACUUGGUGGUGGCUCUCUUGGGACAAUCUUCAUUGGUCUUACUGUGAUACUGGUUGAACGUUGGCUGAGGAAAUUCAAGUGGAAAAAGACAAGAAAGGAAGGUGCAAAUUCUUAUGGAGAUAGUCAAAACUCAGAUGUUGAGAGUCAAAACUCUCGGGACCGGCUACUUCUGACGCCAGCGACGACAAGAUCAGGGAAGGCAUGCGAGCGCAACUGA